CAUUCUUCUCUUAUUAACCUCUCCUCGUCAACUUCAUCCAUCACUAUCAUCUAUUACCAUCAUCCAUCUCCAUCUAUCCAUAUUCAUCAUGCCUGAACAACAGUCACAGCCCUCGUCCUCCCAACCCACCAAAUCCACCCUUAUACCCGCUCUCUCCGAUGAAUCCAGCUUCUACGGCUCCGAAACCGAAACCACCAACCUCGAAUCCCAAGCUUCAACCUACAGCACCCACCACUACUGGACCAACAUCCACCCCCAUCUCUACAGCACCAUCCAACACGACAGACUAGCUAUCCAAGCCCAGACCCAAACCCAACCCCAACCCUCCUCAUCCACCACCCCCUCCCCCUCCCCCUCAACCCCAAGCCCACACUCCCCCACCGAGUCCCUCGCAACCUUCCUAUCCCGUCUCCCCCCCUCCACCGGCCCCUGGAUCUACAUCCAAGCCCCAACCUACCAGCCGCCCCAAACCAAUAUCCCCGCCCUCCUGACGGAUGGCAGAAGAGCGCUGGAGCAGUACGAGAACGAGAGAUCCGCGCUCGAAGCCCAGCGAGAUCAUCCCGGCACGCUGCUGGCGCACGAGAAGAGCGGGUUAACUAGGAGAUUGGGCACAUUAAGACAGAAUCUCGAGAAGAGGAUUCUGGAGAUCGCGAGACGGGCUAAUGUUGUCUCGGGGAAGUGGAUGUUGUUUGUGCUGCCGGGGAAGGUGGAUGAGGUUUGGGGCGUC